GGCGUGGCCUGUGGCCGGGCUCGUCAAGUUGCCGUGGCGCGGAGAAGUCUGCAAAACAAGAGGCUGGGGAUUGCGUUGGCGAGAAACCAGUUCACGCCGGAGCCCGGGGCGGGAAGCGUCGCUGCGCGGGACUCGUGAGGAAAAACUCGCAGCAGGUGGCCGCCGUUCCGUCGUCAUGGGUAAAGGAGACCCCAACAAGCCGAGGGGCAAGAUGUCCUCCUACGCCUUCUUCGUGCAGACGUGCCGGGAGGAGCACAAGAAGAAGCAUCCGGACUCCUCGGUCAACUUCGCCGAGUUCUCGAAGAAAUGCUCGGAGAGAUGGAAGACCAUGUCUGCCAAGGAGAAGUCCAAGUUUGAAGACAUGGCCAAAAGCGAUAAAGCGCGCUAUGACCGGGAGAUGAAAAAUUACGUCCCCCCCAAAGGCGACAAGAAGGGAAAGAAAAAAGAUCCCAAUGCUCCCAAGAGACCGCCAUCUGCCUUCUUCCUGUUUUGCUCUGAACAUCGCCCAAAGAUCAAAAGCGAACACCCAGGGCUGUCCAUUGGGGAUACUGCAAAGAAAUUGGGUGAGAUGUGGUCUGAACAGUCAGCCAAAGAUAAACAGCCCUACGAACAGAAGGCAGCUAAGCUAAAGGAGAAGUAUGAAAAGGAUAUUGCUGCAUACCGUGCCAAGGGCAAGAGUGAAGCAGGAAAGAAGGGUCCUGGUAGGCCUACCGGCUCAAAGAAGAAGAGUGAACCAGAAGAUGAGGAGGAAGAAGAAGAGGAGGAAGAAGAUGAAGAUGAGGAGGAAGAGGAUGAAGAUGAAGAAUAAAUGGCUCUCUUGUAAUGAUGUGUGUGGAAUGUGCGUGUGUGCUCAGGCAAUUGUUUUGCUAAGAAUGUGAAUUCAAGUGCAGCUCAAUAUUAGCUUCAGUAUAAAAACUGUACAGAUUUUUGUAUAGCUGAUAAGAUUCUUUGUAGAGAAAAUACUUUUUUUUUUUAAUGCAGGUUGUAGCUAUUUGAGGGGCUACUACAUAGUUAGAUUUUUAAAGCUUCUGAUGUUGAAUGUUCCUAAAUAUUUAAUGGUUUCUUUAAUUUCUUUUGUAUGGUAGCACAGCAAACUUGUAGCGAUUAGUAUUAAUAGAAUUUUUUUUUUUUAGGAUGUUGCAUUGUUUUUUUUUUUUAAAAAUUUUUGUAAUAAAAUUAUGUAUGUUA